CCUUACUCUUCUCCCGCUUAUAAAAACAGGCACUCCUACCUCUUUGCUCAUCAACCCUUGACUUGAGUCUUUAUCUCUUCAUUUCCUUUGUCAGCCUUCUCAGUAUAAGCUUUUUUCUCAUUCAACUUAGAAACGUCGUCUCUUGUGCCUCUGGAGAACUUGCACUAGAGCAUUCCCUGCUUUCAUCGCUGAAACUUCCCUAACAACCAGUCUCAGUAAUGGCAUCUAGCUCAAUAUCCUCUCGUGGCUCUUGGACUGCCAAACAAAACAAAGCCUUUGAGAAGGCUCUAGCAGUCUAUGACCAGGACACCCCCGACCGUUGGUACAAUGUUGCUAAGGCCGUCGGGGGUAAAACCCCGGAGGAAGUGAAAAGGCACUAUGAACUCCUUGUGGAGGAUGUCAAGCAUAUUGAGUCAGGCCAAGUGCCCUUCCCAAACUACAGGACAACUGGAGGGAGUGGCCAAGGCAACACAAACGAUGAAGAAAAGAGGAUGAGAAACCUCAAGCUUCAGUGAAAAGACUGAACCCAAUCAGUCAGUCCCCCCUUUUAUUAGCAAGAAUAAAGAACAUAAUUUAAAGCUUUCAUGUCUAAAAAUGUACCCUUAUUCUACGUGCAUGUUAAGAAUCACCAAUGGUGUUUCUUACUAUAUAAUCUAGUUGAUUUACAGUUCCUGUUGUAAGAGUUUCCUAAUGGAAAUUAUAAUUUUAUGAGUCAA